UUCUUCUUCUUUCGUAAAACCCUUCUUCUCCUUCUUGCUGAAUACGAUGGGAGGAAAUGGAGCUUUGAUGAGGUCACUGCUUAAUUCAUUUUCUCCUUCCAUUAUCCGCCAUCGCAGUUUAAUUCGUCAAUUCUCCUAUUCCGAUGCUAUUCAAUCUCAAUCUCAAUCAUCAUCAUCACCGUCUCCUUCUUCGCCAUUCGAAUCCAGACUGCGUACCAUUCUUCGCAAUGAGAUUCAAUACCAGUACGAUUAUGCUCCUCCUCAUCAGCCUGUUACAGAGUUCGAGAGAUUUUCAGUGGAAGAUCAGCCUGGUCAGCAGUGGAUUACACUGAGGGCCAAAUCAGCUGAGGAUGAGAAUAUUAAGAUUGAAGCAACCAUGUUCGAUGGUUCCAUCCUUGAACCAAAAUCUGACGAUGAGGACACUGAGGAAGUCGUGCGGCUUCACAUUAGCAUGCUAGUUGAUAUAUGGAAAGGAAAAGAAACUGAUUCCAUGGAAUUUGUCUGCUCAGCAUGGCCUUAUUCUCUGGAGAUUCAGAAGGUUUACAUGUUCAAGCAAGAUAACUCUCCAGCUCAACCUUACAUGGGUCCUGAUAUGAAGAAUUUGAGCAAUAAGCUACGAACUGGAUUCUACGAGUUCCUGAAUUAUAGAGGGAUAAACAGUGAUCUUUCAAGAUUCCUGCAUCAAUAUAUGAUGAACAAAGACAGAAUUGAGCUUUUACAUUGGUUGGGGAAAGUCCAAUCAUAUAUCGAAAAAUAGGAAGAUAGAUCCAGUACCUCCACAAUGAAUCACGAGCUAAACAAGAGAAGAUAGAAUUUUGAUUUACCAAGCAAUGGCAAAUCCUUGAGGAUGAGGCUAUAUAAUCUUCAGAUGUGAACUAGUUUUUAACAGAGUUACAAAUCUUAUCAAGAUUCUUGAACAAAAUGCAUCUCACCAAACAACAACAGAUCCAGAGCAUGCCAAGAAGGUAUGUACAAACAAUACUCACAGCUCCAGAUCAUCCCAAAAUCGCUCAAAGUCAAUGCCGAAACCUACUAAGGAGAGUAUGAUUGUGUCCAUGAACUUUUUCUUCUUUAUUACUGAGAGAAUGUAAUUCACCUGCACAAUAUCAAGCAAGCUUGGGGUUUAGAUCAUUUCAAGUGUGCAUGGUGAUUUUUGCUAGCUAUACGCUUUCAGUUGUUUAUUACCUACCGUUGGAAGGAGGCUGCCAACAUUACUUAGCUUCGACUCGAUGCCCCAAAUGUGGAACGCUGGAAGACCAGGGACUUCAAUGUUUCUUGUGCUUGAGAUUUCACAGAGUCCACCUACAGGAAAACAUAGAGUUAACCCUGAGGAAAACGAAUACAGAACUCCACAAAUCCAUGUAAGUCACACAUCUCUCUCUCUCUCUCACACACACACAAUUUUCACAACUUCUUGAAUAUGAUAAGGCCAUAGUGUAACUUACAGCUUCAGAAUUUGGAUGGUGAGCAUCUUUUACAUAAUUUAACACCAUAUGUCUAAUCUCUAUUUGGAAUCAGAAUAAUGCAAUUUGAGAAUUAUGUACGCCCAGUUUUCGUUCCGCCAACUGAUCAAGUUAUUUUUACUCAUGCCAACCAUGAUGAUCCCUGCUAUUAGGUGAUCCUGACAAAAUAAGUCAUUCCCAACUAUAGUAAUAUUGUAAGUCAAAGCAGUGAGUUUGUAAGACAUAAUAACAUAUGCACUAUCAGAUGAUACUCUCACUUCUCAGUACCUACAGAGUUCUCCAUUAGCAAGUACUUAUCAUGUAGAUAAUAGUUAACUUCUAACCUAGAUAGACCCCUUCUGUCAAUGCCUCAACAUCUAUGCCAAACCUGACUUCUCCUUAUUUUUUUGCUGCCAGAUAUGAUGUGUGAUUACAUCUUAUAUUCUUUGGUGUACAUAGGACCACCCAUAAUUUACCCAUACGACAUGCCUAGCAACAUAGCAUGAGAUAUUUAUAGCUCUCUACAUCUUGUCAUGUGGCAAACAAUUGAUAUCCCUCAAAGAAAACUCUACAGGCUCUAUCUUCAUGUUUUUCGGCAGCAGCUCAUGACUAUUUAAACAUUUCCCUUCAUUAGAACUUUGAAGUCGACA